AUGCAAGCAGCUGGAUUUUCUUACACAGGUUUAGAAGACACCGCUCGUUGCCAAGCUUGCGGACUAGAAGUGUCCGAAUGGACAGCGGAUACGAACCCAUUUACUAUUCAUAAGCAACGAAGUCCAGCAUGUACUUAUGUUCGGUCGAUGAUGCCUGACAAGUCGAUCAUAACUCCAGUGACGAUCAUGUCAACAACAGACGGUGACUACAAUCCAGCAAAACGGCAAAAGAAAGAUCUUACCGACGAAAUUUGUGAGAGUACUGUACUGACAGAAAUAACUCUGUUAUCAGAGACACGACGAAGAUCGUUUUCUCACUGGCCUUUACCCAUGUGUCCUUCGAGUGCACAAAUGGUUGAAGCGGGCUUCUUUUGUUGUAAUUUUGGUGAUCGAGUGAUAUGCUUGUAUUGCAAUCUGAUCUGUCAACAGUGGACUCCUCAAACGGAUGACCCGAGUGAGAUUCAUAAAAAACUCUCACCAAAGUGUCCGUAUGUGAUUGCAAUGACAAAACAUCGGCAAACAGUAUUGUCACCUACUGUCACUAAACAUUUUCCAAGUGUGAAUGGCGUAGACCCGUUUCAAUGCGUCGAAAUGACACGCACAGCUGCAUGCCAUACUGCUUAUAUAGAAAUUCCACGUCGACAGGCAUCGUUUGAGACAUGGCCAAACGAAAAUCUUCCGCCCGUCGAUGAAUUAGUACGAGCAGGCUUCUUCUAUACAGGCUCUAAGACAGUCGUCACUUGUUUUUACUGCAAUGGAUCAUUACAAAACUGGGGUCCGAACGAUAAUCCAACGAUUGAACAUGCGCGUUGGUUUCCAAAUUGUGCCUAUGCUAAGCAGCUUUGUGGCGUUGAGUUGUACAAAAAGAUUCAAGAAUCGAAAAAAGCUCAACAAGAGAGAGCAAAAGCAAACGAUACUACUAAACAAGACAGAAAUGCGAACAGUACUGUGGGCAGAGGACAACUGAUUAUACCUGAUGAAAUCACUCUAUCACAACUGGUGGCUGCGCGACUCGAUCUGCCCGUUUCUCGCAGGUUACUCAGCCAAAAUUUUAAAGUAAUCUUACUCAAGCGUGUUUGGAAAGAUCAUCUGUGUUUGAGAUGUGAUAGUCUCGAUAAUCCUAUCGCUCUAUGGAUGUACUGUACAAUUUUGCAGCGACAGAUCGAAGUUACUUGUGGAAAUAAAGACAGUAUAAUUGUUCCUCGAGUGGCCAUGCAAACACUUCUCGAAAAAGAAUUAGCAGGUAUUGGCAUUUUAAUUAACACACGUCAACGAAUCCGAUGCUGGACUCGAUCGGAUCCGACCGGAUUCCUGGAAAUGGAAUUGCAUUGGAAUCUGACUGGAAAAAUUCAGUCGCCUAUUGCAAAUUUUAUGAGUGAUCUUUUAGCCCAUAAUGUGACACUUGAGGCCUCAGCAAGUUAUAAUGACCCUCUCCGAAUCAACAAUUCAUGUGCAAUUAUUAAAAUCGCUGAUAAGUUCACCCGCUAUCUGCAACUCAAGCACAAUCAAGAGUCAACAGAGCGAACAGUUGAGCCUGUACAGAGUGUUCCAUGCAACCUCAUCGAACUGCUCAAGAAACAAGCAUACAUGCACAGCGACGAAUUAGACGUGAAAGAAUCUCAAGAAGAGAAGGAAGAGCUCACGCAAAAUGGUGGGCUACAUUUUGCCAACAACGCUGAACUGAUCAAUACAGCAAUGACUCCUAAGGAAUGUUUGACAAACAGCGAACUGAGACCGGUCGUUGCUCAAGAUAUAGAUAAUCAUCAGACAACGAGUGAAGCAGAUACCUGGGCAAAUUUGUGUGUUCUCUGCUUAGAGGAGACUCGAACAUUAGCAUUUGUCCCUUGUGGGCAUUUAAGCACGUGUGUACCAUGCGGCCACUCCCUCAAGCUGUGUCCAACGUGCUGUCACAAAAUUGAAGGCUAUAUUCGCAUAAAUCUCUAA